AUGCUCCGAGGCCGAUCCCUAUCUGUGACAUCCCUGGGUGGGCUUCCCCGGUGGGAAGCCGGACUCCCUGUGGAGGAUCUACUGCUCUUUGAAGUCGCUUGGGAAGUGACCAAUAAAGUUGGUGGCAUCUAUACUGUGAUUCAGACAAAGGCCAAAACAACAGCAGAUGAAUGGGGAGACAAUUACUUUCUGCUUGGUCCAUAUUUUGAGCAUAAUAUGAAGACUCAGGUGGAACAAUGUGAACCUGUAAAUGAUGCUGUGAGAAGAGCAGUGGACGUGAUGAACAAACAUGGCUGCCAGGUGCACUUUGGAAGGUGGCUGAUAGAAGGGAGUCCUUACGUGGUGCUCUUUGACAUAAGCUAUUCGGCUCGGAACCUGGACACGUGGAAAGGUGACCUCUGGGAAGCAUGCAAUGUUGGUAUCCCUUAUCACGACCAAGAAGCCAACGAUAUGCUGAUAUUUGGAUCGUUAACUGCCUGGUUCUUGAAAGAGGUGACAGAUCAUGCCGAUGGGAAACACGUCAUUGUCCAAUUCCAUGAAUGGCAGGCUGGGACUGGACUGAUUCUUUCUCGAGCUCGGAAACUUCCGAUUGCUACAGUCUUUACCACUCACGCCACACUGCUUGGGAGGUAUCUCUGUGCAGCAAACAUUGAUUUCUACAACCACCUUGAUAAGUUUAACAUAGACAAAGAGGCUGGGGAAAGGCAGAUUUAUCACCGGUAUUGCAUGGAGCGUGCCUCAGUCCAUUGUGCUCAUGUAUUCACCACUGUUUCUGAAAUAACAGCAAUAGAGGCAGAACACAUGCUGAAGAGAAAGCCUGAUGUAAUUACUCCAAAUGGAUUGAAUGUUAAGAAAUUUUCAGCAGUACAUGAGUUUCAAAAUCUCCAUGCCACGUACAAGGCCAGGAUCCAAGAUUUUGUUCGAGGUCAUUUCUAUGGUCAUCUGGACUUUGAUCUCGAAAAAACGUUGUUCCUCUUCAUUGCUGGGAGGUAUGAGUUUUCAAACAAAGGAGCUGACAUCUUCCUAGAAUCCUUAUCCAGGCUAAACUUCCUGCUCAGGAUGCAUAAAAGUGACGUCACCGUGGUGGUGUUUUUCAUUAUGCCUGCCAAGACAAAUAAUUUCAACGUGGAAACCCUGAAAGGCCAGGCAGUGCGAAAACAGCUAUGGGACACUGCACAUUCUGUGAAGGAAAAGUUUGGAAAGAAACUGUAUGAUGCAUUAUUAAGAGGAGAAAUUCCUGACAUGAACAAUAUUUUGGAUCGGGACGAUCUGACAAUUAUGAAAAGAGCCAUCUUUUCAACUCAGCGGCAAUCUCUGCCCCCGGUGACGACUCACAACAUGAUUGAUGACUCCACCGAUCCCAUCCUCAGCACCAUUAGAAGGAUCGGGCUUUUCAACAGCCGUACAGACAGAGUCAAGGUGAUUUUGCACCCAGAGUUCCUAUCCUCCACCAGCCCCUUGUUACCCAUGGAUUAUGAAGAGUUUGUCCGAGGUUGUCAUCUCGGAGUAUUUCCAUCAUACUAUGAACCCUGGGGUUAUACUCCAGCCGAAUGCACUGUGAUGGGUAUCCCCAGUGUGACCACCAACCUCUCUGGCUUUGGCUGUUUCAUGGAGGAGCACGUGGCUGAUCCCACUGCAUAUGGUAUUUACAUCGUUGACAGGCGAUUCCGCUCACUGGAUGAUUCUUGCAAUCAGCUGACUCAGUUUCUCUAUGGAUUUUGCAAACAGUCACGCCGCCAGAGGAUUAUUCAGAGGAACCGAACCGAGAGGCUUUCAGACCUUCUGGAUUGGAGAUACUUAGGCAGAUAUUACCAGCAUGCCAGACACCUGACAUUAAGCAGAGCUUUUCCAGAUAAAUUCCACACGGAAACCACAUCACCACCAAUGACAGAAGGGUUUAAAUAUCCCAGGCCUUCCUCAGUACCACCUUCUCCUUCAGGAUCUCAGGUCUCUAGUCCUCAGAGCAGCGAUGUGGAGGAUGAGAAUGAGGAUGAAAGAUACGAUGAGGAAGAGGAGGCUGAAAGGGAUCGGUUAAAUAUCAAGUCGCCAUUGUCUCUGAAUCAGGUUCCUCGCGGGAAGAAGAAGCUGCAUGGUGAAUACAAGAACUGA